UCCACCCCCCGACCCUUGACGGAGUGAACGGGUCCGAAGCCGAGCCUGGGACUCGAAGUCAAAUUCAAAGAGAGAGGCGCUAGACGGAGUUUUCAUCGCUCGGCAGUCGAAGGACGUGACGGAGAAGGAUGAAGUGGGAGCAGGUGGAAGAGGAUUGUUCUUUAUAUCUGCUGAUCACCAAAGACUGACAGUAUGCUGGAUCAAACCGAACCAUGCCGGGGUAGAUGACAAGUGCCUUUGAGGGGCUCUGGGCAACUUUCACCCAAGCCGUGCAUUCAAGGGCAGGAAGACACCGUCCCAGUCCUGAGUUAAUGACGGUUUCCCAACAGUGGGGAUGGGACCAGGCUACGUGUCGUUAACAUUGGUACAAUCCAUUAUCGGAGCAACACUGUGGUCCUUUCAGCGGGGUCAGGGGUGUGGGAAAGUUAGAAACUGGAGAGCUGUUUAAACUGUGCAGGAGAAAGACCACCCAAUUUUGCCAAGAAGUUUAAUAUCACAUUUUUACUGACUGGUCCAUUCUGACAAAGUUUGGCCCCAGCUGAUUGAGGAAGAAAAGGUGGAACUAGCAGACAGACAUUUUGCAUCUUCCAUCUUUGAACUGGACCUGUUUUUGUUCUGCUGAGCCGCCUGUUGGUUUUGUCCCUUUGCCAUCUUUCAGAGGUUAUUCUGAGAUCAGUCCGGUGCAUAGUGGCCAUCGUGGUUCUGGACCUGAAGAUGGAAGGUUUACAAGUUAUGGAUAUUGCAUUGAGUACCGUGAGCCCAGAACCCCUGCAGCCUGCUGUUCCGCCCUCGGUUACACUGGGUCUGACCAUUGUUUACACUGCACUUUACGGACUCCUCUUCCUCCUGGUCUACAUCCAGCUCUGGCUGGUGCUGCAUUACAGGCACAAGAAGUUCAGCUACCAGACUGUCUUUCUCUUCUUGUGUCUCCUGUGGGCUGCUCUGAGGACUACCCUCUUCUCGUUUUACUUCCGAGACACCAUCCAAGCCAACACGCUGGGUCCUUUUUCCUUCUGGCUGCUCUACUGCUUCCCAGUCUGCCUGCAGUUCUUCACCCUCAGUCUCAUGAAUAUGUACUUUGCUCAGGUAAUUAUGAUAAGCUUUCUCGCAGCUUGGGACGGGGAACUUACAAAGGGGUGGCUUCCCAUCCGAUUGGUUUUCCUAGUUGCAAGCUUGCUGUUUCUGACAGUGAAUUUGACCUGUGCCUUGCUGGUGAAGAUACAGCACAUGGAGACCAAAACCAUCGUCCUGGUCCGGGUCAUCAUCAACGACUCCCUCUUCGUCGCCUGCGCCAUCACGCUAGCAGUCUGCCUGUAUGUCAUUGCUAAGACAUCACCUUCCACCAGUAUCUACUUGGAAUCCAAGGGCACAUCAGUCUGUCAGACUACAGCUGUGGGAGCAUUGGUGUUCCUUCUGUAUGCAAGCCGAGCCUGUUAUAACCUGGUUGCUGUGAUGUGUUCACCAGAUUCGCACGACUCCUUUGAUUAUGGCUGGUACAACGUUUCCGACCAGGCUGAUCUGAUGUCGAAUCUCGGGGACAAAGGUUACCUUGUGUUUGGUUGCAUCCUGUUUUUUUGGGAACUGCUGCCCACAGCCCUGCUAGUGUUGUUUUUCAGAGUUCGCAGACCAGCUCAGGAUCUGGCUGGGACUGGGAUAGUUAAUGGCCCGAGCUUUGCUUCCCGUUCAUAUUUCUUUGACAACCCUCGUCAGUUUGAAGGUGAUGACUGUCCCUGGGCAGUAGGAUCUCACAGCGAGCAGGACAGUCUAUCGAACAGUCUCCAGCGCAAUGGCUGGUAUGGCACCGAUAGCAGUAACGUGGAACCAGCCUGGUACGAGGGAGUGUCCCAGCAUACCACCGCACCUUUACUCUUUGCCAGAGACCACAUGCAAGGCAGCAGCUUCUACCACACAUUCUACUCCACUCCACAGACGUAGGCGCUCCAUGUAUUUCAGUGGGACACUCCGAUUCGGCGAGCAGCUUGUAUUUUUGUGUAUCAGCGUUGUAAAACUAACCGUCUCUUGGAGGAAGCAGGCGAAAGGGACUGCUGACGGAAUUUAAGCUAGUUAACCAAAUGUGCGUUUUUAAACCGAUACUGGCACUGUACCAAACCGGUCCGAUAAGUUAUGAAUUUUCCUUUUCGGAAGCUACCCUUUUACCUUCCUGCUGAACAGCAGCCGCCAGUUGCUGAAGUAAGAACCGUGCAGCCAGCCCUGGGCCGAAAGCAGAGGCUGUUUUCUAUCUGACAGGAUUGCUCAGGUUAGCUACUUCUCCCCUGCUGUUGCCUCGUUCUCCAAACCAGUGGCCCGCUUCGGUUCCCUGGUCGUUUUGAAUGCGAGAGUUUAACUAUCGAGGGUGACAGUGGGCGCAAGCAGAAUUGACAUUUCCUCCCGCCCUGUGGUGUCACUGUAGAUUGAUUGUGGAAAGAGGCCACUCGGCCAGUCGUGUCUAUGGCGGCUCUCCUUUGAGCAUCGGUGCCGCUCUCCUGUCGUCAUCCCCUAACCCCGCAAAAGUCCUUUUCCAAAUAACUAAUUAGUUCUCUUUUGAAUAUCUUGAUUGAACCUGCUUCCACCACACUCUGAAAAAGUGCAUUCCAGAGCCUAACCCCUCAUAAUGUGGAACAUUUUCUUCCUGAUCACUUUUCUUUUUUGCUUCCUUUACUAAUUAUUCCAAACCUGUCAAGCUUGAAUACUUCAAUCGGAUCUCCCCUCACCCUUCCUCUUCAAUGAGAAAAGUCCCAGCUUCCUGUGCUGUACUGUUCUACGUUCUCCAAUCUGUCUUCAACACUGAAGUUCCUCAUCCCUGGAAACAUUCUUGUAAAUCUUUCCUUCACAUUCUCCAGUGCCUUCACAUCCUUCCUAUACAGUGGUACCCAGAACUGGAUGCGAGAUUCCAGCUGAGGCCUUACCAGGUCUUGGUUCCACGUUAGGCUAAUGGCUAACUUUACAUCUGUUGCCCUACUUGCCCGCAAGCUUGUGUGAACUUUUUCACUUAAAGGAGUUACAAAUACUCAGGACCAAAAUAUAGUCAGCUCACAGGACCACAUGAUUGGGCUUCUAGGGAGAUGAGAGUUUAGGCUGGGGCAAGUUAGGUGAAUCAAGUAAAUGAGGUUCUGGCCUGUAAUGGUUAAGAUUUGUGCCUCACCUUCUUGCAAGAUUUGACAAUUUUAAGGUACAUAUAAUGCAGCUAGAUCUGAUACUGUCCUCGCCUGCUCCUCUGUACCUGGGUCUUUUUUGUAGCUGGAAUAACUGGAUUAGAAAGUGGCACCAAGACUGCGGAGGGUCUUGUAUCUUCCCUGGCUUCUAGAUGUUGGGAGUAAUUGCAGUGUCGUCCACCUCUGCUGAACCCUGUAAGACCAAGGACUGGCCCAGGGCCUCAGUGCGCUGGGUGGCUUGCUACCCACACUUGCUACUAUAAUAAACCAUCAAGGCUCGCAGUGGACUCUGAUAUAAAGGCAGGCGAAGAGGAGCUUUGAUAUGCCGGCCACGUGAGUCUUUUUGAAGCUCUUUGACCCUCCUCAAAUCCAAUCGCAUAUUUGACAAACGCACGUUUACUUAUGCGUAGAAUAUAACAAACUAGUACAGGUUUAACACACAGUGGAAGGUAUCCUGACAAAGUAUCACUGUUGAUGAAUCCCCUCGAUACAACAUAUGUUAUCUACGUUUUCUUGUACGCUAUGGAACCAGACUGGUGACUUAUGUUAACGUCUGUAAACAAAUCUGUAUGAAGUUUGCACUGUUAGAGAUGCGUGGAGCUGGAGGAACACAGCAGGCUGGGCAGCAUCAGAGGAACAGGAAAGUUGACGUUUCAGGUUGGGACCUUUUUCCGAAGAAGGGUCCCAAACUGAAACGUCAACUUCCCUGCUCCUCUGAUCCUGCCCGACCUGCGGUGUUCCUCCAGCUCCACACUGUGUUGUCUCUGACUCCAUCAUCUGCAGCUCUUACUAUCUCGAAGUUUGCACUGUUUUUUUUCCUCCAUACGAUAGCAUUUGCACCCUUCAAGGCUCUAACCUUAUUGGAAAGUGAGAUGAUACAUCCUAAUUUAUUUUUAAAUCUUUUUUUAUGUGAAGCUUUUUAUCCUGUCUGUCUGGUUGCCUCACUUUUGGGGGCCAGAGUCGUUUCCCCCCCCCCCCCCCCCCCCCCCCCCCAAAAAUUGGUGACAAUUUUAACUUCAAGGCCACUCCACACUAAUCCACUUGUCGUCUUUGUGUCUCCCCGGCUGUGGUAGCUGACACUCCUGGGGUUAUCGUCCCUUGGGAACCGGGACCCCUUCGGCUAUCUCGCUCAAGUUCCUCAUGCUCCACGUGUGAACCGAAGAUGGGAUUGGCUGGACAGCCAUUAGAAAUUGGACGCCGGCUACUUUGUGUCCCCCAGCCUAGCUACUGCCCAGACUGAAGUCCGAUAACUCCGUACAGAUGGAGAAGUGCCCCCGGAGCAUUUCCGUUCUGUAUGUAAUCUGUGCCUUCAACUGUUCAGGUCCCAGAAAACAUGUGGAGACUGCAACCAGACACGCAAGAGGAAUUGAGAUAGCAAGGUGCAGAGGCCGGAAAUGUCAGCCUUCCUGCUCCUCUGAUGCUGCUUGGCCUGCUGUGUUCAUCCAGCUCUACACCUUGUUAUCUCAGAUUCUCCAGCAUCUGCAGUUCCUGCUAUCUCUAACGCAAGAGGAAUUGAUGGAGAUUAAUUGACGAAUUUUUAUAUAUGGGUGUUAAUCUCAUUUGCAGUGGCGCCAAGGUUUUUAUAUCUGUAGUCCUAUAUUGGCACAGCUGAAAUGUGGAAUUUUAUCUUGCUGGAAACCAUGGGAGACAUGGGCUGGCACUUGCGACUACUCCCCUAUAGCCCAGUGAGUUGGGAGUGAAGCACUGAUUACUGUGUUCCGAUAUUUUAUAUCUGACUACAAGUAAUGCAACUUUUCUUGAUAAUUGCCUUAGUGACCUACCCAAGCACAGUUUAUUUUUUAAUUUGUACUGGUUACUGUACCCUAACUCCCGGAGGUGUUUUAAUAAAGAUUACUUCCUAUCAA